AUGUCUGAGGAAGAUUUACUCGUGUACAUCCUGACUCAGCUAGGAGAGGGGUACAACUCCAUUAUUUCUACAGUCCGCGUUCGUGAAAAACCCCUCUCGUUGGGUGAGUUAGUCGAUGUCCUCACUGACCAUGAACGUCAGUUAAAGGACGCAGAUGAAGCACGCCAGUUGUUUUAUGAAACGAAAGUUUGCCGCAAGCUUGCUAGGUUCCUAAAAGUGCAUAACGUCCUCACCGCACAAACGCCGCCUACAGUCCAGUCCGCGCAAGCAUCUCCACACUGGCUGUUUAACAGCGACGCAUCGCAUCAUGCCACCUCAGCAUCUCUACACUGGCUGUUUGACAGCGACGCAUCGCAUCAUGCCACCUCAGCAUCUCCACACUGGCUGUUUGACAGCGACGCAUCGCAUCAUGCCACCUCUAGUCUCACGUCGCUACAGACACUCUCCGAGUACAAUGGGUCUGAUGAGGUUCACCUGGGUGACGGUCUCACGUCGCUACAGACACUCUCCGAGUACAAUGGAUCUGAUGAGGUUCACCUGGGUGACGGUAAUUUCCUAUAA